UACUCUCUGUUAUUUGCUAUUAUUGCGGAGCAAGAGUUGCUUUUUGUUGUUACUGCUACAUUUACAUUUUCUGCUUUUCUCUUUUUAAACAGCUCAACAAAGCAGCAAUAAUGAGUUCUUGUUCUGAACCAGAAAAUGCCAAAGUUUUAGUGGUAGGUUCAGGUUUUGCAGGUUUGGCUGCUGCAGCCAAGUUAGUGGAGGCAGGAUUUGAAAAUGUCCUGGUUCUUGAGGCAAAGGAAAGAGUUGGAGGUCGAGCGCACACCACUAAACCGUUCAGCGAGAAUGUCAUUGAAGUUGGAGCUAACUGGAUCCACGGGCAGAAAGGAAACCCUCUGUUCAAGAUUGCGAAAGAGGAGAACUUGCUAUCUGAGGGACCCUCUGCCUGCAAAAACAUGUGCCAGCCUCGUUCUGUAACUCCUCAAGAUUACUUUUUCAAAGAAGAUGGGAAGCAGGUGUCCAGAAAAGUUGUAGAUCAGGUGAGUUCGUGCUUCAGCAAGCUCACCGACAAAGCUUUUGAUGAUGAACUCAAGAGAAAGCACAGGAAACUAAGUCUAGGUGCUUAUCUGGAUGAUGCCUUUGGUGAAGCUCCUCUAGCGGCGACAGAGGACGGCUGGCAAGUUUUUGAAUGGUGCAAGAGGAAUGAAUGCACAGAUGAGGCUUGCUCUACCCUCUAUGAGAUUUCUGCAUCUCAGAUUAGCAAUUACACUGCUCUAGAGGGAGAGUUUUUUAAUACAUUGGGACCUGGUGGCUAUCGAGCAAUCUUGGAUGUUCUCCUGAAAGAUCUGCCUUCGGGAACUGUCCAGUGUAGUGCACCGGUCAAGAGCAUCCAAUGGGACUUGGUCAAAAAAGGUAGUGGUGAAGAUCAAAGGUAUCCUGUUAAGGUCGUCUGUGAAAAUGGACAGAGCUUUGAGGCAGAUCAUGUGAUUGUCACUGUAUCUCUGGGGGUUCUCAAAGACAAAGCCACAACCAUGUUCGAACCAUCCUUACCGGAGAAAAAGCUGUCUGCAAUUGAGAAUCUUGGCUUUGGGAUAGUGGACAAAAUUUUCCUGUUUUUUGAGGAACGUUUCUGGCCAGACGACUGUUCCGGGGUUCAGCUGGUGUGGAAAGAAGGGCCUGAAGAUAAAGAUGUUUAUGAGUCUCUGUCUGAAGGAGAAACCUGGAAAAAGACGUGGUUCAAGAAGAUCACUGGUUUUGACACAGUGGCUCGUCAUCCCACGACUCUGUGUGGCUGGAUCACAGGUAGAGAAGCUCUGUAUAUGGAGAAUCUUCAGGACAGUGAAAUCGGAGCUAUCUGUGUGAGGUUGCUCAGGUCUUUCACGGGCUGGUCAGUGCCAGAAGUCUCAAAGACACUGAUCACCAGAUGGGGUUCUGAUUCCCACGUCCGUGGCUCCUAUACAUUUAUUCCUGAUGGUGUCGACGGAGUAAAAGCACACAAGGCAUUAGCGUCACCUCUUCCCCCAAAAUAUAAAUGCAGAGGCAGGAAGCACCUUCAGGUGUUGUUUGCUGGUGAAGCUACACAUGAUAAAUUCUACACCACGACCCAUGGAGCGUACCUCACAGGCGUCAGAGAAGCGGAACGACUCAUAAGCUAUUACGCCGAUUGAACAUACAGUACCAAAGAGAAAAGAGCAUAGCCUACACUUUGGGUUCAUGAAGAUAACAUUUUACGAUCAUAUAACAUUUUAUAGACUUCUUCUCACACCCUAGCCUUCCACAUGUUUGGUGUUUAAAUGACCCAUAGGUAGUUUAACUGCCUGACAAAAAGCAUUUCUGAAUGCUUUCAUCCAACUGAUCACAUUCUAUCUCUGUCUGGUUAUUUCUGUCUGGUCAAAUGUUUUACUCCAACAUUUGUUAAUUCUGGUCAUUUGUUAAACUGUGUUAUAUGAUCCGCGGAAUAUUAUUUCUCACACACCAAGCAAUGUUAAAUCAUUUUCUAAUUUGUUUUAUUUAUUUAAUUAAGUAUAUUAAAUGAAGUAAAUUAGUGGUCCUAAAACUGUGAUACCUCGGAUGGUAUGCAGCGUGAUCCUGAAAAUUUGCACAAUUUAGAAAAUCGUUCAAAAAUUGCCUUGAAUAUAUUUUUGAGGGGGAAAGUUGCUAAAUAUAAAAGGACUUUUGCAAUGAGACAGUGCCUUGAUUAAAAUAAAUUGGUAUGCUGGGAAUAUCUAUGGUUAGCACAGGCAAUCAAAAUCACAGACAAUAAUCAUCACAGAUACACACAAUUAUUGCAUAAUAUUUAGGCUAUAUAUAAAACAGGCUAUAUAAUAUGUGAUAUUCUUGUUUAUUAUGCAUCUGUUGUGAUUCUUUUCUAUGUAAAGCACUUCUUACCAUUGUGUAUGAAAUAUGCAAUAUAAACUUGCUUUGCCUUGCAAUCACGGGCAAACUUUGUUUCCAAAUACUGUUAAUUUGAUAAACGUUUGUAAACACAGACAGUACCUAUAAUAAAAAUGGGAAGAAUCUAGAUUCCAAA